AAGUACGACUUCACCAGGUUUGUGAUGGUGUCCGGUAUGUGGAAAAAUCUGAAGGCAGACCACAGGAGUUCAUGGGGCACAGAGCCAAAUGCAUUGGCGAGGUCGAGGAAGACUACAUGGAGGUCCCUUUUCUCCACCUUGGCCAUUUGGAUCUGGUGCCAGAUCAUGCUGGAAUGUUCCAAGCAGCCAGAUAACCCUGAUAUUCCUGCCUUCUGUACAGAUGUAUCGACGUACGCAUUCCUUUGCAGGUACUCGGCCAUCCUCUGGGCAAUGACCCUAAAGAAGAUUUUACCCUCGACAUUCAGUAAGGAGAUUGGGCGGAAUUGGCUGAUGUUCACUGCAUCCUUCUCCUUAGGGAUCAGGACCCCGCCUGCCCUACGCCACACUUUGGGUAUUAUCUUCUUCUGCCAAGCUGUUCUCAUAAGCCUCCAGAGGAACCUCAGGACGUCUGGUGCGUUCUUAUACACUUUGUACGGGACUCCAUUUGGCCCCGGGGCUGAUGCUGUUCUUGCCCGUCGAACUGUGUUUUCCACCUCUUUCCAUGUCGGAGGGCUGGUCUCAAUAUGAUGUUCCGGGGGUUCAAUAGGUGGGAUAUCUGAUGGGAUGGCCAGAUGUUCAUGUCGCUUUGAGUCAAAGUUUGUUGUUCUCAGGUGCUCCUCUAGGUCUUUCUUUGUUGUUUUUAGAGCUCCACUUUUUUCCUUUGUGAAGAGACUUUUAAGGAACUUGAAGGGAUCUUUAUAGAAUCGAGUUCUAGUUUGUUCUUUCUUCCUUCUGCGUUUCCGUAGGUUCUCUGCUCUACGGAGGGAUGCCAACCGGGUUUUGAUGUCAGCCUGAAGUGCCUCUAUGCCCUCCUUUUCCACUUCCGAGGCCUUCUUCCACUGUUUCUUAAGCUGCCGCCUUUCUUGAACGAGGCGCUUGAUUUCUUGUUGCCUCCUGGAAACUGGUGGGGUUGGAACCUUUCUCCCGCCUUUUGCCUCUUCCACUCCAAAUCUUUCUGUCCCGUACUCAUAGAUGAUGUCCCCCAUCCUCUCCAACUUCUUCUCCACUGUGCCUCGAAGUUUCUCGAGGGUCAAGUGCUGCUGAGCCUGCUGACGGCCGGCGCCCAGACAGAAAUGAAGAGAGUCGUCGGAGACAACACCACCCUGCCGUGCCACCAUCAGUUCUGGCAAUCCAAUGUGCAGUUGCUUGACAUCGAGUGGCUACUGCAGAAGCCCAACUCCAAGCAGAGAGUGAUCAUCACGUUUUUCGGGGGCCAGGUUUACACCAACGAGGUGACCAGCGGGACCAGUCGUCUGUCUUUCGCUGGGGACUACCUGAAAGGAGACGCCUCCCUGCUCCUCAGUGACUUACAGCUGACCGACUCUGGGGAGUACUACUGCAAGGUCAAGAUGGGGGGAAAGUACCACUGGAGCCAAGUCAACCUCAUAGUGCUGGUGAAGCCCUCUAAGCCACGAUGCUGGAUGGACGGCAGGCUGCUGGAGGGCAGUGAUGUUAAACUGAGCUGCAAAUCCAGUGACGGCUCAGACCCUAUCAAAUACAAUUGGGAGAGGGUGCUGGAUAAGGGAAAGAGUGUUGGGAACCUCCCCCUACUGGCACUGAGAGAUCUGAAGAAUCCAGAGAUCGUCACCCUGCGGAACCUGACGAAGGACAGUACAGGUGUCUACAAGUGCACUGCCAGCAAUGACGUUGGCGAGGAGAACUGCAUCAUCGAGGUCACCAUGCAGUAUGUUCGAGGGAUGGGCGUGCUGGCAGGUGCCGUGGUGGGCGUUUCCUUUGGUGUUCUCCUCAUCAUCCUAAUCAUCUGGCUCGUCUUCCGCAAGAAGGAGAAGAAGAAGUAUGAGGAGGAGGAGACUCCCAAUGAGAUCAGGGAGGAUGCAGAGGCUCCCAAGGCCAAGCUGGUUAAGCCCAACUCUUUGUCCUCGUCCCGUUCUGGCAGCUCCCGCUCCGGGGCCUCCUCAACACAGUCCAUGGUGCACAACACCGCCCCCCACGGGCACCGCCCUCGGCCCCCAGCGAUAGCUGCCCUUAAGGAGAAUGGACAGCCCCCUGACUUCCCCCAGUCCCCCCCAGCAUACACAACGGUGGUACCCCCCAACAAGACCCCUGAGCCCCCUGGCACCCCCAAAUUCAACAUCAACUCCAGGAAACAGAUCUCUGGGCCCACUCCCCCCACUCUCAUGGUCCCUGCCCAGACCAAGGCCUUUCAAACUGUGUAGGAUGGAGAAGAAAGUCUAUCCUGGCUAUGUUGAUGUGUAAAACCCACCCCUUCAAAGACACAAACUCUUCCGUUAAACAACGAAAUGCAAGUAGUAAAAGGAUGUAAUUAAAAUAAUCAAUAAUAUAAACCCCAAAACUUUUAAUGAAUGCAUACUUUAAAAGGGAAAAUAAGAAAUGCUUGCCCCCUACUGAAUAAAAAACAACAAAAACAAAAAAACUGAGACAGAACACAUUUUUGAUUGUCUCGUGGCUAAAUAACUUAUUUUUACACUUUUCUUUCUACUUUGAAGUCAUGGGAAGCAAUGAGCGAGCACAGCGCUGUGUGCGGUGAGGUGUAAGAAAAACCCAGAGUGGAGCUUUUAUUUAUCAAAUCAAAAGGACAGGAAGAGUGCAGAGAAAAAAGAAGAAAGAAGGAAUGGGUUGAGAAAAUAGAUCCAAAGUGGAGACACGCAGCUGACGACAUGACGGAGGGAUGAGGGCAUGAAACACUGAGAGAGAACCACACCUCUUUAUUUUGGCCUAGUGGUGUCUCUGACUCAUCCAACCACACCACUCCCAACAGGCAGACACACCGGAGCUUCCAGCCCCCACUACAACCACACACCCCUGGCUUUCUGACAGAGAGCAUGCUGUGUGCCCUGUGAGGAGAGAAACUGCUCGAUCAACCCUCCAGAACACAGGCGGCCGAUGGCACCUUAUUUGGAGAGGAUGGGCUCAUAGUAAUGGCUGGAAUGAAAUACAUGGAAUGGUAUCGAACACGUCAAACACAUGGUUUCAUUGUGUGAUGCUAUUAAAUGCACUCCAUUCCAACCAUUAUUAUGAGCCAUCCUCCCCUCAGCAGCCUCCUGUGCUCCAGACUCUGUGAUGCUUUAUGAACUCCAUGACGACAUCUGAGACACAUCAUGUUCCAUGGUCCUGACCCCAUUCAGAGAACAGCUCAUUUGCUUUUCUCAAUAGGAGAAACUUUAGCCACAUUCAUAAGAUGUAGCACUGACAUGGUAGUCAGAGUUCUGAUGAAACUUUUAUUUUUCUCACCACGUCCUCUCUCAGCUCUGUGGAUUGGCAAUUCCAGUCCUCGGGGUCUAGAGUGCUGUCACACUGUUCCCCAAUCCCUAGCAAACACAGCUGAUUAAACUAAUUGAAUUCUAAACUGAACAUCAUGAUUAGUUGAUAAUUAGAGUCAGGUGUGUUAGCUGGGGCUGGGGCAAAAGUGUGACACCAAUCAGACCCCUGAGGACUAGUGUUACCAUCCCAUAUGGUAUGGAAACUCCUCCCCAAAUUAGCAUAUGGAUGAAUUGGGUGUUAAUGUACAGUAAAAAGAGACACAUGACUGAAUAUACUGAAUAAUAAAAAUAACUUUAAGACAAAGGAGGUUUAAUAUCCAUUAUAUUUCAGGUUGUGAAGGGUGACAGACAGCUGUGUCUCAGCCUAAGGAAGUGCCACCAAUCCCCAGGAUGGGUCAUCGUUACUUUAUUUACUCAUUUAUUUACCUCCACUGUUUUGCAAUGUUACGGAAACCAAAACCUGUCAAAAAGUAAAUGAAUGUGUGUUGAACAAAGAUGGUCACUACGAUUAUGUUCUAUGCUUUGUAAGGUACUGAAUAGAAGGAAGUAAAACAUAGUUAAAGAGACACAAAUGACAUUGAAGUUAAUCCCCGAAAUACUGUGGAUGAUUGAAUAGAGGAAGGAGUAUGAUUCUAGGGACUAUUGUACAGUGUGCAUGGUUCCAUCCCUGGUAGGUACUCUCCUUGGAUCCACAACAACAGAGUGCCACUCGAUUACUGUCUGAUUGUUUUGAUAGUUUCUCUGUACAUUGGCCAAGCUUUGGCAUCAGCCAUCCCCUUUGUUGUACAUCUGUCUGACCCUGUGCAGUUUGAAUGAAGUAGGCUAUUUAGUGUGCCUUUGAAAUCCCUAUCCCUGUUGAUGGUUUCUUUUUCUGUCCUUAUCAUGAAUGCACAUGUGGUUUGAGUUAUGUGUUGAUCCAGCUUUGGGAAUCUACUGCCAAAACACAGUGAGACAGGGGCAUUAACCAAACCUGUGGGAUUAUUACUUGCAUGUCACAUGGGCAAGAAAAUACAUCAGAAAAUCUAUACAGUAGUACCUAGUACAAUAGAAUGCAUGAUCUAGAUUAUAUACAAUUGCGGACAGAGAGAAAUCAUCAAUUAUUACUUAUAGAUGUACAAUGUGAACAUUUCCUCAAAAUAAAUAACACAGGAUUGUAAGUAGGGAGUAGGGAGCUAGAGACACCACUAGCUGGGGGUAUCGUACACAAAUAGUUGCAGAAAACACUUCAAUAACAAUUAUUCAUUCAUGCCUGAAAUAGAAUAUGACGUUAGAAGACCUGCAUGUGGAUACUGUUUGAUAGUGUAUUGAUUUACAGUGGCAGAGCUGUUGAAUACGCUCACUUUGUAAUAGGUAUCCUUACAUGCUGCACAUCUACGACAGAGGUAGAAGCCAGUCACCUGGUGUCAGCCCUAACAGUGAAGUCCCUGACAUUCCUGGCCCUGUAGUGUGAAAUGAGAGGAGGGUCAGAGAAAAUCUUUUGGCAAGCAGGAUCAGCAAUAAGCACAUUCCAAUGCUACUUAAUAGCUCCCUUGAUGUCAUCACUCCGUUGAUGUCAUCACUCACAGAACAAUAUGUAACAGUACAGACAUGAAUGGUUUUUAUUUUAUUAAUUUUUGUAUUACUUUUAUCCCUUCUGGUAGAGGUCUCAUCAAUGGUACGUACUCUACUGAGAGCACUACAGGCAUGUAGGCUUUGUAUACAAAGUAGUGGACAAAGACACUGAGUGAAGGCGCACAAUGGUAUCCCGGAAGAAUAUCUCGCUAGGACUAAUCUCGGCUAUAAUAUAUGUAUAUGUAUAUGUAACCCAAUCACAAUGCAGAGGGUGUACAUCUCCAUAAUGAGACAACAUUCCAUGCCAAGGGAAUGAUGUACAUUAUAAAUCUUCUUCAGGAUCGGUGGAUCCCCUGCGGGACGGUUGAGUUAACGAAGGCUAAUGUGAUUAGCAUGAGGUUGUAAGUAACAAGUAAACAUAUCUGAUAUUGUCUGAAAGCUUAAAUUCUUGUUAAUCGAACAGCACUGUGUCCAGGAGCUAUUACAGUGAAAUAAUCCCAUGCUAUUGUUUGAGGAGAGUGCACAGUUUUGAACAUUAAAAGUUAUUAAUGAACAAAUUAGGCACAUUUGGGCAGUCUUGAUACAACAUAAUGAAAAUGAAUGCAAUGGUUCAUUGGACCAGUCUAAAACGUUCACAUACACUGGUGCCAUCUAGUGGCCAAAAUCUAAAUUCCACCUGGCCUGGAAUAAUACAUUAUGGCCUUUCUCUUCCAUUUCAAAAAUGAUGGUACAAAACUUAUUUUUUUGUAUUAUCUUUUACCAGAUCUAUUGUGUUAUAUUCUCCUACAUUCCUUUCACAUUUCCACAAACUUCAAAGUGUUUCCUUUCAAAUGGUACCAAUAAUCUGCAUUUCCUUGCUUCAGGUCCUGAGUUACAGGCAGUUGAAUUUGGGUAUGUCAUUUUAGGCGAAAAUUUAAAACAAUGGUACAAGCCUUCAGGGCCACACCAACACCCACAAAUUCUCAUGUUAGCCGCUCAUUCAAGUGAGAAGAAUAGUGGGACCAGCUAGGCAUAACCUAUCUGAAUGGAAAAGACUGCAGUGUAGACACGCAGUGUUUAUAUUACAGAUGAGGUUGGAAGUUUACGUACAUUUAAACAAAUACAUUUAAACUCAGUUUUUCAGAAUUCCUGACAUUUAAUCAGAAUAAAAAUUCCCUGUCUUAGGUCAGUUAGGAUCACAACUUUAUUUUAAGAAUGUAAAAUGUCAGAAUAAUUGUAGAGAGAAAUAUUUAUUUCAGCUUUUAUUUCUUUCAUCACAUUCCCAGUAGGUCAGAAGUUUACAUACACUCAAUUAGUAUUUGGUAGUGUUGCCUUUAAAUUGUUUAACUUGGGUCAAGCCUCCCCCUUUUUCCUCCAAACAUAACAAUGGUCAUUAUGGCAAAACUGUUCAAUUUUUGUUUCAUCAGACCAGAGGACAUUUCUCCAAAAAGUAGGAUCUUUGUCCCCAUUAGUCUGGCUUUAAUUAUGGCGGUUUUGGAGCUGAGCGGCCUUUCAGGUUAUGCUGAUAUAGGUCUAAUUUUACUGUGGCUAUAGAUGCUUUUGUACAUGUUUCCUCCAGCAUCUUCACAAGGUCCUUUGCUGUUGUUCUGGGAUUGAUUAGCAUUUUUCGUACCAAAGACAUUCAUCUCUAGGACACAGAACGCAUCUCCUUCCUGAGCAGUAUGGAGGCUGCCUGGUCCCAUGGUGUUUUUACUUGCAUACAAUUGUUUGUACAGAUGAAUGUGGUACCUUCAAGCAUUUGGAAAUUGCUCCCAAGGCUGAACAAUACUUGUUUUUUUCUGAGGAUUUCUUGGCUGAUUUCUUUUGAUUUUCCCAUGAUGUCAAGCAAAGAGGCACUGAGUUUUAAUGGCGGCCUUGAAAUACAUCCACAGGUACACCUCCAAUUGACUCAAAUUAUGUCAAUUAGCCUAUCAGAAGCUCUAAAGCCAUGAUAUAAAUUACCUGUGUCAGGCACAAAGUAGCUGUCCUAACCGACUUGCCAAAACUAGAGUUUUUAAACAAUAGAUAUGUGGAGUGGUUGAAAAACGAGUUUUAAUGACUCCAAGCUAAGUGUAUGUAAACUUCCAACUUCAACUGUAUGUCUAUUAUUGAAAUCAAUUCAGUUUCACAUGCAGCAAUCUUGUUUUCUCUAGUGGUGACAAUGCCCGUCCAUAAUUCAUACUGAUCUAGGCCUCUGGAAGUCGCUCGCAUGCUAUCUGCCUGGCAAAGCUGUCUUUUAAUAUAGCCAUGCACCGGUCUCUUUGUGUAUUGACAGCUUCCCAUCACACACACAACCAGAAACACAGACACACACACACAAACACACAGAAACACAUAGAAACACAGACACACACACACACAAACACAUAGAAACACAGACACACACAUACACAAACACACAGAAACACAGACACACACAAACACACACACACACACACACACAAAUACACACACAGAAACAGACACACAAAUGCACAUAAAUACAGACACACACACAUACAGUACAUAGUGAACCAAAAGCCGAAACAGUCAGCCUUGUUAUUUCUGUUCCUUCAGAAUACAUUUGAUGGAUGGUUGGCGGGCAUUACGACUGACUGAUGGCACUCCCCAGCAAAGGGAGCAUAAAAAUAACCAUUGCAUAGCCCAGGAGACAAUACACACACACACAUGAACAGUGCUAUGUGUCUUAGCAUUCUCAAAACAAAUGCUCUCACAGUUUUCAAGGGAACGUGAGAGAGUAGUGGGAGAGGAGGGGACAUAAAACAAGAUUGAUAUCGAGCCAGAGCUCUAGGCUCCUCCAUUUAAAUUCCCUCCACUGCCUAUAGGAGCAGCUCGGUGGAGGAUAAGAUGCUUUGUCUUAAAUUCCUCCGACUUUUUGAUUUGCUUUCAAGCAACUGGAGGUCUCAGGUGGAAAAUUCCCCAGAUUAUGAGCCCUCGCGUUGCUUUUCCACAUCUGUGCCAGCUUUGUGGACUGUCAAACCUGCUCUGUUUUCUCCAAAUGAAUCCUGAUAGGCUUUUGUCUGAGCAGUCGGGAAUUUAAACUAGGCUUUUUCUCCACCCCCAGAUUUGCAACACCGACAAAAUGGGUCUUAAAGUAGCUCUACUAUAAUGUUAUCAUCAUUCAAAUGUAAGUGAAAUGAUUCAUGAUUCUGAUUAUCCUACAUUAUAUUAUAUGACUAUGAAUCUCAUGUAGCCAAUACGUUUGUGUUCUUAAAGCAGUUUUGGGGAUAAGCAGUUCAGCAUGACAGAUUGAAGCUCAAACUGUAUUUGGACAGCCUCUGGCACGGGAACAUGAUCUGUUGUGACAUUCUGAAAAGGGAGGGGUGGAAGUCCAUCUCAGAAAGGAGGAACGCAAAGGGAGCUGCAUGUCAAAAGCUAUGGAGCAGAUGAGGGGGAAUGCUUUGCUUUGAUAUAAAUGUAUACCAGUAUUUGGCUAAAAAACAUGAUUGUAAAUAUAUAUUACAUAGAGUUUUAUGACGCUUUUAAUUUGUUUUCUAUUUUGGUUCUUCCAAAUCCAUGUACUUUGCACCUUUGUGUGCUGUGCUCAUCAAGGGUGAGGGUUGGGGGUUGGGGGGUUUGGUUCUGUCUGUAACAACCUUGACUGGAUGUCAGACAGACAGCUCAGCAUAGCAUCAUUAAGGGAAAUUUAAACCACUCUUUACUCUUCAAUAGUCUGUCAUCUUCUUUGUAGUUGCUUCUCUUUAUUUGUUGAAAACAAUCCAUGUAAAUAUUACAAGUAAAAAAAUGUAUAUUUUUACUACUUCUGAGUUAUUACUAUUUCAUUUGCAAAUAAAAUAUACAAUGACAAGUUA